GCGGGGAGUGGGCGGGGCGCGAGCAGCCGCCGUGCGCAGGCGCGGAGGUGCUGGGGUGGGCCCGGCGUCGCCAUGGGCUCCUGAGGCCCUCAGCGCCCCCGCGCCGGUGCCGGCGCCCGCGGGGCAGCGGGGCAGGGCCCGACCCGACCCCUCCUCACCCUAACGGGCUGGGCCGAGCCGAGCUGAGCCCCGCCCGCCCGCCCGCCAGGAGGUCUUGGCUCGUGGGUGGCUCUCUAGCAAUUGCAACUGGAACCUCACACCAAAAGGCACCAUGAUAGUGAUGACUGACAUCACUGCAGCCCCCAGGUUGGGGUUAACUGCCACCCCUCCAGCUGUGGCUCCCAACUUUUCCUGGAUGCCAGAGGAUGGCAGCCCCACGGCUGUGGAGGAGCCGAUAUUCCUCAUGACCACCGCUGCUCAGGCCAUCUCAGGUUUCUUUGUAUGGACAGCUUUGCUCAUCACCUGCCAUCAGAUCUACAUGCAUCUUCGCUGCUAUAGCUGCCCAAACGAGCAGCGCUACAUUGUUCGGAUCCUCUUCAUUGUGCCCAUUUACGCCUUUGACUCAUGGCUCAGCCUCCUGUUCUUCACCAAUGACCAGUACUAUGUUUACUUUGGCACAGUGAGGGACUGCUACGAAGCCUUUGUAAUAUACAACUUUCUGAGCCUCUGCUAUGAGUACUUGGGAGGGGAGAGCUCCAUCAUGUCUGAGAUCAGAGGGAAACCAAUUGAGUCCAGCUGUGUGUAUGGGACUUGCUGCCUGUGGGGAAAGACUUACUCGAUUGGAUUCCUGAGGUUCUGCAAACAGGCUACCCUGCAGUUCUGUGUGGUGAAGCCCCUCAUGGCGAUCAGCACAGUCAUCCUUCAGGCCUUUGGCAAGUACCAGGAUGGUGACUUUGAUGUAACCAGCGGCUACCUCUAUGUGACGAUCAUUUACAACAUCUCUGUCAGCCUGGCACUCUAUGCCCUCUUCCUUUUCUACUUCGCCACACGGGAGCUGCUCAGCCCCUAUAGCCCAGUCCUCAAGUUCUUCAUGGUGAAGUCUGUAAUCUUCCUGUCCUUCUGGCAAGGAAUGCUGUUGGCCAUCCUGGAAAAGUGUGGUGCCAUCCCCAAAAUCCACUCUGCCAACGUGUCUGUGGGUGAAGGCACCGUAGCUGCUGGCUAUCAGGACUUCAUCAUCUGUGUGGAGAUGUUCUUUGCAGCCAUCGCCCUGCGCCACGCCUUCACAUACAAGGUGUAUGUGGACAAGAGACUUGAUGCCCAAGCUGUUCCAUCAUACGGGCCAUACGGCCGCUGCGCUCCCAUGAAGAGCAUCUCCAGCAGCCUCAAGGAGACCAUGAAUCCCCACGACAUCGUCCAAGACGCGAUCCACAACUUCUCGCCGGCCUACCAGCAGUACACGCAGCAGUCGACGCUGGAGCAGGGCCCGCCCUGGCGCAACGGCAGCCACGUUAUCUCGCGCUCCCACAGCUGCUCGGGGGCCCGGGACAACGAGAAGACUCUGCUGCUGAGCUCGGACGACGAGUUCUAGGCGGCACAGCUGCCAGCACAGGCUGCUGUUUUCCCUCUCUCCUUGCUCUUCUCUUUUAAUUUAUUGAAGCGGAACCACGCAGGUCAUAUCACUUGUAGAGAGUGCAGAGGUGGGCGCUGCCAGGAGCUUUGGUGUGUGUGGACAUGAUGAGCAGCAUGGAGGUGGGGGAAUGGCCAGGACUCCAUUCUCCAGCCCAUUCCCUACGGUGGCAAUUGACUGGAAUGAAUUGACACAAAGCUCCUGGGUUUGGGGCUCUGGCUUCCCCCGCCUGCCCAGCUUGGUGUGCAACGUGACUGGCCAGAGCCUGGAGUUGUGGCUAAACAUUCUUUUUGGUUUGUUUUUCUCACCUGGACAACCUGACUGCUUUGUAUUCCUCUUCCUGAAGGGUUGAUAUAGGCACAGUUUUCUCUCCUAGCUCUCUGGUACUAACAUCUCUGUGAUCCUUGGGAAAUGGGAUUAGGAUGCAGUAAUAAGUAUUCCUGAGGACCAGAUCAGAGAUUGGUCUACUCUAUAGCCAUUGCCUUGAGUGCUUAGUAAAGAACAUCUGCCUGCACCCUCCUAAGCACCUGGCUGUGCAGUCCUGUACUUGAGUGAGCAAGGGGGAAUAAGACAGGGCUUUAUUCCUGUUCCUCUGCUCUCUGCAUCCCCCCUGUUCCUCAUCAAAGCUGAUGCUUUUUGAAGAUCAUCAGGGAUGGAAGGGAUGUCUCAGAAGGGCAGGGUUUUCUAAUCACCAGGUGUCAGAGCUUCCCAUCUCUCCUCUGU